UAGGUACAACUUUAAUGCCGACGGUCGUUAAAUAACGGUGAUAACAUGUUUAUUUUCUUUUAUUGAAAAGUGAGUCACUGAGUGUGUGCGGUUAUUAAUCCAUUAGUUUUGGUUUACAGGCAACUAACAAUUUUAUGGUCACGAAAUAAGUUUCUAACUUUAUAGACUUCAGAUAAUGCUUUCGCAACAUUCGCCAAGGCUUGCUCAUAUUAUUUUGGAAGGUUACAAGCGGACUAAAAUUAUGUGUCUGCCCGACUUUCUCGAUUGUCAGCGACAGCAAACCUUGAGUCGCAUAACUUACAAUUUUUAUGCAUUUUCAGGUUGAUUCCGAUCAACUUAGAGUAGUUAAAAAACUGAAAAAAUCUUAGAAGACUAACUAUUUCGCAGAACGACGUGUUCGUAAGUGGGAUGAUGGGUAUCGCUGAAAGUAGCCGUAGUAGAAUCGCGAUUAACAAGUCAAUGUUCGAAUCUCAGUGCGGUGGAGCUCACUGCAUUGCUCACUUUUAUCGUAGCUGUAGUGAAUGCGCAGUCGGUAAACGCAUAGCACGUACCGGUUGGUCACACACCCAUUCUAUUUCGUCAACGUGUUACACAAAAAGGAAGCAUCCGCUAAGUGAUUGGUUAUAUUUGAAAAGGGGAGCCGAAAAUGUAACGAAAAUGUUAUGUUCCUACGCGGUUAUGGGGCUUCAGUGGUCAUAUGCAGACCGUUUUACAUAGUAUUAUAGGGCGCGUUAAAUGUCCUUGGCCAUUAGGCGAACGCGUUUAUCUAUCAUUGGACGAUGGCUCAACAUUAACCUAUGACCUGUAUCAACCCAUUAAGGAAUUUGAAGAUGACAUCACUCUUGCUAUAUGUCCUGGCAUUGGCAACAGUUCGGAAAGCGUUUACAUACGCACAUUUGUUCAUUAUGCUCAAUGUCAUGGCUAUCGAUGUGCGGUAUUAAAUCACAUUGGAGCUCUUGGAAGUGUACAAGUGACAGCAACAAGAAUAUUUACAUAUGGUCACACCGAGGAUUUCGCCGAUAUGAUUGAUAAUUUACAUAGAAAAUAUCCAGGCACUUGUAUCAUAACAGUAGGUUUCAGUUUGGGAGGAAACUUGAUUACAAAGUAUUUAGGUGAAGUGCAAACCAGAAAACCCGAGAGUGUUAUUGGGGGUAUCUCUAUAUGUCAGGGCUAUAAUGCUGUUGAAGGCACUAAAUGUCUUUUAAAUUGGCAAAACUUUCGUCGUUUAUAUUUGUAUAUUAUGACGGAGAACAUGAAGAGUAUUAUUUUAAAACAUCGUCAAGUCUUAUUAUCAGAUGAGUCGAUACAACGUCAUAAUUUAAAUGAACGUGAGAUAAUUGCAGCCGCUACACUGCCGGAACUGGAUGAGGCUUAUACAAGACGUGUUCAUAAUUUCUCUACAACUCAGGAAUUAUACCGAUGGAGUUCAUCGGAGAAUUAUUUUGACAAUAUUGAUAAACCCAUCAUAUUCAUAAAUGCGAAAGAUGAUCCAUUAAUUCCCGAAUUUCUAUUAGGACCAGUUAAGAAUUUUGUAGUAUCACAUCAGCAAGCUUGUUACAUUGAAGUAGCUCAUGGCGGUCAUUUGGGUUUCUAUGAAGGCGGUUUCAUCUAUCCAAAUCCAGUUACUUGGCUUGAUCGCACUUUAAUAGCAAUGAUUGGAGCUCUUUUUAUUGUGCAUACAACACCAAAUAAACAUAAAUCCGGCGUCUCAGCUCAAUGCUAAAUUAUUUGAUUAUUUUUUUUACUGUGAUGAGAGACAACUUAGAAUUUUUCUAAAAAUUUUGUACAAUACAAAAACAAAAAAUUAACGUAUAGCUACGUUAGAGUCCUUUACAAAUAAUUGACUAAUACCAAAUUUUGCAUGUAUUAUAACUUUUGUUAAUCAACCAUUGGCAAAAUAUUAAUAAAAAUAUAUCUAAUCUGGCUUUUAUUAGUAUUCCCAUUGUAUUCUUUUUUUUUCAUUUUGUCGAAAAUCAUUGCUUUCACAGUUUGUUGUGUUAGUUGUUUAAUAUAAAAUAAAUAAAAUAAACAAAUGCGAUCCAAACGUUACAAACAUUCAAUAUGUCGAAUAUGUAUUUGAAAUUGCACAACAGUUUGCAUUUUUUUUUUUUGUAUUUACAUAUUAAAAACCAAAGUAAUGAAUGAAACGCCACAAUAUUUCGACAAAUA